CAUACACUCUCCCUCCUCCUUGUUAAAUGUGCAGAAUUCAGUCUUUAUUCAGUCAAAAAUAGCCGCACUGGAAUGCCGGUGGUAUAACGUUUUAAGGAAAAAACAAUACCCGCUCUCAUUCCAAUUUUAUCCAGAGAGCCAAUUUCUUAAGUGCUCAUAGAUGGCAGAAGAGGUUUUGAUAGAACCUAAUGGGAAAAGUAGAGGGCAUUUAACCUCAUCCCUGUUGGCGGUAGCGUUCCUCUCUUCCUUUGGGAGCUCCAUGCUGUAUGGUUAUAACCUGGCUGUUGUUAAUUCUCCUGCAGAGUACAUAAAGGACUUUUAUAACCAAACCAUUGUGAGGAGGAAUGGGUCAGGAGUGGAUAAAGAGACUCUCACACUUCUUUAUUCCGUCACUGUGUCAAUAUUUGCCAUUGGAGGCCUGGUGGGCUCUCUUACAGUGGGGAUGCAAGUUACCAGAUUUGGGAGGAGAGGGACACUGGUACACAGCACAGUUCUGGUGUUUAUCGCCGGCGUGCUGAUGGGCUUCAGCCGAUUAUGUGGAUCUCCAGAGAUGAUCAUCAUCGGACGCUUCAUUAUAGGGAUACACUCAGGGAUUGCUCUCAGCGUAGUGCCCAUGUAUCUGGGAGAAAUUGCUCCAAAGAAUCUCCGGGGCUUCCUAGGACUUGUGCCCAGCAUCUUCAUCUGCAUAGGAGUGUUUAUCGCUCAGAUUCUGGGACUUCAUGAACUCUUGGGCAAGGAAGAGCACUGGCCUCUGUUCCUCUCUCUAGUUGUGGUGCCUACAUUCAUACAGCUUAUGCUGUUGCCAUGGUUCCCAGAGAGUCCCAGAUAUCUGUUGAUGGAAAAGCGGAACAUUCAUGCCACUAUCACAGCUCUGAAGUGGUACCGUCCCAAAUCUAACAUCCAAGCUGAGUUGGAGGAGAUGCAGGAAGAGCAGCGCUCUUUGUCCUCAGUAGAGACUGUCUCAGUGUUGCAGCUCUUCAGGGAUCCGUCUGUUCGCUGGCAGCUUGUUACAGUCCUUGUGGUGAAUGCUGGCAUGCAGCUGUCUGGAAUCGAUGCGAUUUGGUUCUACACCAAUGCCAUCUUUGAGAAUGCGGGUAUCCCUGCUCAGCAGAUUCAGUACACAACCGUGGGCACUGGAGCCAUAGAGGUCAUCGCUGGACUCAUAGGGUGCUUUACUAUUGAGCGUGUGGGUAGGAGGCCUCUGAUGAUUGGUGGCUUCAGCUUUAUGGGUUUGUGCUGCGCUGGAAUCACUUUCUCCCUACUAUUACAGGCUCACGUGCCCUUCAUGCGAUAUGUCAGUGUGGCCUGCGUGGUUGGAAUCAUCGCAGGAUUCUGCAUUGGUCCUGCUGGUGUCCCGUUUCUGAUGACAGGAGAGCUCUUUAAACAAUCCCAUCGAUCUUCUGCCUACAUUGUGGGAGGAUUUUUCAACUGGAUAUCAAACUUUACCGUGGGAUUUGUCUUUCCAUUCCUUCAGAUGUCAGCCGGUGCGUUCUGUUAUCUGGUGUUCUGUGGUGUGUGUGUGGGGGUUGCAGCCUACGUUUUCUUCAUCAUCCCUGAAACAAAGAACAAAACCUUUGUGGAGAUCAGUCAGAUGUUCGAUUUAAGAAACGCUUGUGAAAUUGAAAACCAGCCGCUGGGAAUCACUGACCAACUCGGGCUCAAAAAAAUGAAUGGGUAUGGUGCACUUGAGCCUGGAGAUAUGGACAAAAUGGACAAGACCGAGAAAUAGUGGUGAAGAAAGAGGGCAGUAUUGUUAGUAUGCUGUGUUCAGGUGCUACAAACCACUUUUCUGUGCACUGCCAGAAUGUGAUAUUUUCCUGAAUUAUCUUGUCUCAUUAGAUCCUUUACAAAAGCACCAUUAAACUAGCCCAUAUGACAAGUAGCCUGCUAUGGAGCUUUUAUGUCCAAGUCUUCUGAAGCCAUACAAUAGUUUGUGUAAUGAACAGACUAAAAAUAGAGCUUAUGCAUUAGUUGGAAAUCAACAAAAUCUCAUAUUAUUGCUCAACUAGUAACCAUAUUCAAAACUCUCCUGUAAAUUGUGUAAUGUAAUUAACUGCAUUUUUCUCAAGAAGGAUUGCAGCACAUUCAAAUUAGAACUUCCUGAGAGCUUCAGUUUCGGUUUGUUCCCCACACAGAGCUUUCGUUGGCCUUCAGAAGUCUAAGAAUAUAGAGCACAUGUCAUAGACUACAGUACAGUUCAAAAAUUAGGGGUUGGUAAGAUUUUUUUAUGCUUUUGAUAGAGGUUUCUUCUGCUCACCAAGGCUGCAUUAACUUGACCUAACAUAAAGUAAAAACAGUAAUAUUUGUUAAAUAUUACGGCAAUUUGAAAUAAUUGUUUUCUUUUGUAAAGUGUAAUUUAUGGUGAAAAUCUGUAUUUUCAGCUAAAUUACUGUAGUCUUCAGAGUCACAUUAUUAUAAUAUGCUGACUUGCUGCUCGAGAUUUUUUUUUACUAUUAUCAUCCAUGUUGCUUGAUAAUUCCGUAAGGAAUAGUUCAAAAGAACAGCAUUUAUUUGAAAUUGAACUAAUUGAACUAAUUUCUUUAAAAAAAUAAAAUAAUAAAAAAAUAAAAAUAGCUGACUCCAAAUAUUUGAACAGUACUUUUAUAGUAUAGAAAAUGACUUUUAUCAUAAUCUCAGGUUGCAUUGCAGGUAAACUGUUCUUGUUUUGCAAAUCACUGUAAAUAAGAACGCAGCGGCUAAAUGACAAAUAACCAAAGAACCUGUCAAGUGCUUCUUAUAUGGUUUAUACUCAAAGAGAAAGAAGAUUUAUAUUCCUCCUACCUGUUGAAAUCUGUGACCCGUCACAAAUAACUUGGUUAAAAGUAUUACUGUUGUUGUUUUUGUUGUUGUUGUUGAUGAUGAUGAUGAUGAUAAUGAUAUUGUUGAAGUUUAGUGAACUGUCCCAUCACUAGUUUUAUUUGCAGCCUUAUGAAAGUUAUAAUGUGGCCAAAGUAUCAUGAUGGAUUGUAUUUUCCUUAAGCCAUAUCAUUUAUACAGUUGUCUCCCUUAAUUAUGUAAGGGAGUAUGUUCUUGGCUACAUUAGUAGUUUUAUUCCAGAAAAUUAGUUUAUUUGCCUUUAUGGUGUACACAUAAUACGUAAAUUAGCUUUAAAUAAUUAAAUAAAUAUGUUAACAAAAUAAUGAUAACCAAACAAUGAUCAAGCAAAUCAAGUAUCUGAAAAGUAAUGUGUUGUAAAUGUGAAGUAAGAUAUUGUUUAACAACAAGACAAUAUGCUGUUUUCAAGUAAAUAUUCAACAAUUUCAUGUCAUGUGACUGACUUCAUUUUUUAUUAAUAUGCAGUUUGUGUAUUGGUCAAAGACAUUCACUCUGACACGUGCCGAAAAAAUACAGCAGAGGGCGCAGCAGGACAUAAAUAU